CUCCAAGGUUCACCUGCCUCAGGGUUUACCUGUAGAGGAGAGGAGGAGGAGCUCUCUGAGACAAAGAGACUUUUUCUUGGUGCUGGACUCACAUGGGUCUCUGAGUAGUUAAUAAUGCACUGGAAAAGAUCUUUGCUUUGUGGUGGAGUAUGGUUGGUUUUGCUUUGCUUUGUUCUGGUUUAUCCCUCUCCCUCCAAGUGUCAGAUCGGUCAGAGGGCACGCAGCAAGAAAACGUUCUGUGAUCCUUCCUUCAGCAACCAAACAGGUGGUGCUGCUACUCAGAAGUGUGACCCUGGCUUCUACAGAGAAUGGACCAGACAGCACAGGGGUCAGUGUGUGCCAUGCAGCUGCAAUGGACUCUCCACUGAGUGUGAUGAGCGCACAGGGAACUGUGUGAACUGUCAGUUCAAUACUACUGGUGACCGCUGUGAACGGUGUAAAGAGGGUUACUAUGGAAACGCAGCCAACAGGACUUGUCGUGUCUGUCCAUGUCCCUUUACAUGGAACAAUUUUGCUGUGGCCUGUCUGGACACCGGCUCAGGAGAGGUAGAGUGCUUGUGUAAACGUGGUUACAGUGGAACCAGAUGUGAGAGAUGUGCACAUGGUUACUACGGCAAUCCAGUGGCGCCUCGAGGCAGCUGCAAGCCCUGCAACUGGAAGGAUGGCACCUUGAACAACUGUGGUUCUCUAACUGGAGAUUGCGACAGCUGCAUUUAUGCUUUGCUGGUUGACUUUGAGGAGAUGGACGAUGGACUGUCUUGGCUGAAGCAGCAGCUGCAGAACAUCAGUCUUGGCCUUGGUUCACACUCUGUGCUGAGCAACCUGGAGGCUAACAUCACUGAAACCAAGAUUCUGGUUGGGAACUACAGCACUGCUGUGAGACACCUGGAUCCAAAGGUUGAACAGCUGGAAGUAGAUGUGAAUGUUGUCAGAGACGACAUGAGCCAACUGAUUGACGAGACUCUUCGAGCUGAAUCAGAGCUGGAGAAGGUUUUGCAGAAUGUGAGAGCAGAUGAUCUUCUCUCUGAAGUUGAAUCUCUCCUCACAACAAUACCAGACCUGAUAAAACAGCUAUCUGAGGGGAAACUUGGAGGAUCCAUCGCUCUCUCUGAAAACCACAAAGUCAGGAUGAUGGAAGAGGCUCAGCGCAUCGUGCAGGAAAUGAGAGAGAGAGGCUGCACUGCUCAGACAGACAAAGCUGGCAAAUUGUUGAACUUAAUCCAGGACAACAUGAGCAUCCCUGUGGAAACCCUCCAGGCUGUACCGAGUCAGACUGCAGACUCUCUGAUGGCCUCACUUUCCUCUUUGAGGGAACUGGCUGCACUGCAGUCACAAGCAGAGGACAGAGUUGACAGGACACAAGGCCUCAACCUCAAGAGUUAUACCACCCUACAACAUCUGCAGCAUCUUCAAACUCAGAUAGAGAAAGAACAAAACACUCUCCUUCCUGUGACUGAGAUGACCAAAGAUCUGCUUAACAAUAUUACAGACCUCUUCUUAAUGCUUGAGGAGAUUAAAAAAAUGGUGCCAGACCAGAGCUCUUAA